AAGCACCGGCAGAAUCCCUCUACUCAUCGCUCGCGACCAAGUACAAUGCUGGAAAAAGUUUUCAAGAAGCGUCCCCAGGACCUAUACAACGACGGCGAGCCUUCAAGGGAGUCGGCGUCCACCAAUGAUCGCGAGAAAGUUCCCAGCGAUGCCAUCGACACCCCCAUCCCCCUGUUCACCUGGCGCUCCUUCACUAUGGGGAUUUUCGUCUCCAUGGGCGGGUUUCUCUUCGGCUAUGAUACCGGCCAGAUCUCGGGGUUCCUCGGAAUGAAGAACUUCCUGCAGCGGUAUGGCCAGCCGGGUCCAGAUGGAAGUUUCCAUUUCAGCAAUGUCCGCUCUGGGCUAAUCGUUGCCUUGCUCUCAAUCGGUACAUUGAUUGGCGCAUUAAUCGCAGCACCCAUUGCUGACCGCGUCGGCCGGAAAUGGUCGAUCAGUGGCUGGUGUGUCAUUGUUUGUGCUGGGGUCACUGUCCAAAUUUCCUCCCCAGUGGGAAAGUGGUAUCAAGUUGCUUUGGGCCGCUGGGUUGCAGGGCUUGGGGUAGGAGCAGUGUCCUUGCUCGUUCCGAUGUAUCAAGCCGAGUCCGGGCCACGGCACAUUCGAGGGUCGUUGAUCAGCACGUAUCAGCUUUUCAUCACGCUGGGUAUCUUUGUGGCCAAUUGCAUCAACUUUGGCACCGAAGCCCGUCCUAACACUGGAUCCUGGCGGAUUCCCAUGGGGGUCACGUAUAUCUGGGCUAUUAUUCUUGGUGUGGGCAUGGCGCUCUUCCCGGAAAGUCCUCGGUACGACUAUCGCCACGGUAAGGUCGAGAAAGCCAUCGACACGCUCGCUAAGAUUUAUGGAGUGCCUCGCAACCACCGGGCCCUGCACAUUGAAUUCGAGGAGAUCAAACAAAAGUACGAAGAAGAGGUGCGCAACGGGCAGGUCACUUGGGUACAGCUAUUCCGCGCACCGACCAUGGCAUACCGGGUGCUCGUCGGCGUGGCCCUACAGGCGCUGCAGCAACUAACGGGUGCAAAUUACUUCUUCUACUAUGGCACCGUCGUGUUCAAGGGCGCAGGCAUCCACAAUAGCUACGUUACGCAGAUGAUCCUGGGCGGCGUGAAUUUCGGCACCACCUUCCUGGGUCUCUACCUGAUCGAACACUAUGGCCGACGCCGGUCGUUGAUCGCAGGCGCUCUGUGGAUGUUCGUUUGUUUCAUGGUCUUCGCCUCCGUGGGCCACUUCUCUCUCAACCGGGACUUCCCCGAACGAACACACUCUGCCGGUGUGGCCAUGGUGGUCUUUGCCUGUCUCUUUAUCCUCGGGUUUGCUAGCACCUGGGGUCCGAUGGUGUGGGCUAUUAUCGCCGAGCUGUAUCCCUCGCAGUACCGGGCGCGCGCCAUGUCGCUUGCCACGGCGUCCAACUGGCUUUGGAAUUUCCUGUUGGCUUUUUUUACGCCGUUUAUUGUGAGUGCGAUCGACUUUCGCUUUGGGUACGUCUUUGCCGGUUGUCUGUUCCUGGCGGCUGGUUUGGUUUACUUUGCCGUCAUCGAGGGCCAGGGCCGCACGCUGGAGGAGAUCGAUACCAUGUAUCUCAUGAAGGUGAAGCCGUGGAAGAGUUCCAAGUUCAAGUUCCCGGCUGAGCCGAGCGUGCUUCGGGGCUCCUUGGAUAAGGGAAGUGGCGCGGGGACUUCAUCGCAUGUCCCGGAUGCGACGGCUGAGCUACAUGAAACUGUGCCAGCGGAGCCAGGAGCACAUACGGGUGUGUGA